ACGGUGACAGGUGUAGGCAGUCGACAGGUUUUGGCAACGCCCCGACUUCAGUCUUAACUGAGCGUGGCGCCCUAACGAACGUACUUAUUUAGCUGUCUAUAAGUACGAAAAACGAAAAUCGAAUUACGAAUCGAGCGAAUCGAAAAUAUAAGCAAAAGGUGUUUGGCGCAGCAAUUGUGAAAAUGCGCCUCAAACUGUUUGUGGUCUGUGCGCUGGCCUGCGGCUUCAUGGCCUAUGUGCUGGCCAAUGAGAAUAUCUCAGCGGAUGUGGAAGAUCAAAUUAUAAAUGCGCCAGCAAACGCGAACAAAGCCUCCAAAAAGGCGCAGGCCGUGGAAUUUGUGGAAAUUAUCGAGCCACCGCCGCCGCCAGCACCAGCGCCAGUCGCAGCAGCAGCAGCAGCAGCAGCAGCACCCGCACCCGCCGCCAAACAGGCAGUCGCUAAGCCUGCAGCCACGCCCAGUCCGGCGCCCGCAGCUAAAGCCAAAACAGCCGUCAGCCCGCCACCCGCCGUCGUUGCCUCCAAACGCGGCACCGACGACAUCCUCACCGUGGCUGGCCUCAAACCGCAGCCCAAAUCCGGUGCACUAGUCAUGCCCUUUGACUAUCUGGGCGAGCUGUACGAUUUGGAUUCCACUGGCUACAACUGGGAUCCCAACAAUAAUGUGGCGCCACCGGACACGCCCUCGACGGCCGCCGGCGGAUACACCAUCACGCCCGCCCGCCUCGCCGAGCUGCGAUCCACCUUCCUCUACUGGUUCUUCGACAAGGACAGCUACGGCGGACGCGGCGAUUAUCAGUUUGAUAUACACGCCUCGAUGACGCAGCUCCACAAAAAUCUGAACUUCCAGAUGCCCUUCUACGGCUUCCGCUUCAACUAUACUCGGCUCUCGCUGAACGGCUACUUGGAGUUCUCGGACCCACCCGAAUACCUGACCUAUCCCUUGGUCUUCCCCAUCAAGGACUGGCCCCACAAGCGUGAUCCCUCCUUCAUCGGCAUCUUCUUCAGCAAGUGCCGCGUGGGCCGCCAGUAUCCCUCGGACCUGGACCAGCGCACUCCUGGCGUCUAUUUCCGCGUGGUACGUGAUCUGAUGGGACGCACGGACCGCUUCGGCGUCGAGGUGCGUGAACGCACAAUGUGGGACAUACGCACGGGCGUUGUGGGCGCUGAUACCUUUGUGCCCAAGCACGUGGUGAUCGCCACCUGGAAGAAUGUCUCCUUUGCCGGCGGCAUUGAUAACUCACUCUUCACGACAAACACUUUCCAAAUGGUCCUGGCCACCGAUGAAGUCUACACCUAUGUCAUCUUCAACUAUGCAGUUCUCAAUUGGCUCUCGCACACUGAGGCAGGCGGCGAUACGACCAAGGGCGAGGGCGGCGUGCCCGCAUUCGUCGGCUUCAAUGCUGGCAACGGCACUCAGGCCUAUGAGUAUAAGCCGUACAGCCAGAACAUGGUCAUACGGGACUUGGCGAAUCGGGGCUGGGGCAACGGAUUCCCUGGACGGCAUAUAUUCCGCAUCGACGAACAGAUUUUGAUUGGGUCGUGCAACAAGGAUAUCGAUGCUGCGCUUCUGCCGCUGACAUUUGCGCCCGAGUCGGGCAACAUGCUGGGCGGGCAGGUGGUGAACAUAACGGGACCCUGCUUUGACCCGAACAUACGCGUUACCUGCCACUUCGACACGGAGUCUGUGCUGGGCACCUAUGUGGAUCGCAAUCGUGUGAUUUGCGUGCAGCCCUUCCUCAAGGCCGAGGGCUACAUCCGCUUCCAGAUCUCCGUGGGCACGCAGCGCUUCAAGUGGCGCGGCAAGUACUUUGUGGAGACACCUGCCGCCGCCACCGAGAAGAUCUUCUUUGCCACCGACGAUGUGCACAAGCGCAAUCCCAGCGAGAUUCGCAUCAGCUGGAACGCCUUCAACUUGACCUCCAAUCUGAAUGCCAAUGUCAUGAUCUCCCUGUGGGGCUACCGCGAGACAAAGAUCGAGCCGCAGCUGGAGUACAUUGAUGUGAUCGAGGCCAGCCUGACCAAUUCCGGCAGCUAUGUCAUCACGCCCUCCAACUAUAUAAACCGCCACAACAUCAACAAUGACAUGCAGUUCGGCUUCCUUCAAAUCAAUCUCACCCAGCCGGCUCAGUACUCCAACCUGGCGCUCAGUCCCACCCUAUGGUCCCGCCCGAUUCCACUGGCCUGGUACAUGGCGCCGCAGUGGGAGCAGAAGCACGGCAAGCGCUGGCCUCGUGCUCUGUGCGAUAAUUGGAUACGCGCCGACAGAUUUCUCAGAAACUUUGCCGCCGACCUGCCGCUGUGCCCCUGCACACUGGAGCAGGCGGUGCUCGACCUGGGCCGCUUCCGACCGGACCGUGAGUGCGACAAGGACUCGAAUCCUAGCUGCUUGCGUCACAGUGGUGCCAUUCAUUGCGUGGUCAGCGGAACACCAGUUGCCCAAGGUGCUGAGCAGCAGUGCUGCUACGAUCGCUACGGCUUCCUGAUGCUGACCUAUGACCAGAUGUGGGGCUCGCGGCCGCGUCGCAUUCACAACCUGGGCAAGAUGCCCUGGAAUGAGGCCAGCAAGGUGCCCUCGCUGUCCAUGUGGUUCCAUGACAUGCGUCCGUUCUACUCCUGCUGCUUCUGGCAGGAGGAGCAGUCCGUGGGCUGUGAGACCUAUCGCUUCGAGCGUCGCCCCUCGCAGGAUUGUGUUGCCUACCAGGCGCCUGGCAUUGCUGGCGUCUUCGGCGACCCCCACUUGAUCACCUUCGAUGGCAGCGCCUACACGUUCAAUGGCCUGGGCGAAUUCGUGCUCGCUCGCAGCACGGACGAGAGCGAACGCUUCGAGGUGCAGGGCCGCUUCCAGCAGCUGCCGCCCAACUACUAUGGCCAGGUGAUGGCCACCCAGCUGACUGCCCUGGCCAUGCGCGGCAAUACGACUACCACGAUCGAGGUGCGUCUGCGUCCGCUGCACGCCCGCUGGCGCUAUCGCCUGGAUGUCCUGGCGGACGGACGCAAGGUGUACUUCGAUCGCGAGAGCUUGAAGUUCCAGCACUUUGAUGGCGUCACGGUCUAUACGCCCACCUAUCUGCUCAACCAGUCGCAGGUGGUCGUGCAAUUCGAUGCGGGCAUUGGCGUGGAGGUGGUUGAGAACGAGGGCUUCAUGACGGGACGCGUCUUUCUGCCCUGGAAAUUUAUUAAUAAAACGGCGGGGUUGUUCGGCAACUGGAGCUUCAAUCCCAUGGACGACUUCACGCUGCCCAAUGGCCAGGUGGCCUCGAUCAACCUGAACGACCAGCGCAGCUUGUACAACAACUUUGGCCUCAAGUGGAUGCUGACGGAUCGGGAUGUGCCCAAUGUGGGCGCAGCGCUGUUUACGCGAGAGUUCGGACGCAUGGCCAGCUACUACUCGAAUGCCACAUUCCAGCCGAACUUCGUCAUGGACCCCGCCGACUUCCUGCCCAGCAAUCGCAGCUAUGACCUGGAGCGUGCCGAGGAGCUGUGCGGCGAGUGUGCGCAGUGUCAAUAUGAUUAUGCGAUGACGCUGAAUCGAGACUUGGCCCACUUCACCAAGAACUACUAUGACAGUCUGGUCAACAUGCAAGCCGAGAACGCCAAGCGCGUUGUCUCCUGCGGCGUGCUGCAAACGCCGCGCUUCGGACGCAAGCUCAGCUUUGACUUUAUGCCCGGUGCGAAGGUCUCCUUUGAGUGCAACGAGGGCUUCAUUCUGGUCGGCGAUCAGCGGCGCGAGUGCCUGGCCAAUGGCCUCUGGAAUCUGCCCGAAUAUGGCUAUACGGAGUGUUUGCGUGAGGUGUAUUACACGCGUCGUAUCGCAUUCAUUGCAAUUGGCAUUAUCCUGCUCGUUAUAUGCCCAUUGAUGCUGUGCAUCGUGUGCGGUGUCUAUCGCUAUCGUCAGAAGCAGCUGAAGGAGGAUCCACACUGGCAGAUGACCCUGCCCCGCUCACGUGCCGGUUCGGCGCGCAAUUUGCGCGUCCUGAACUACGAUCCCGAGGACGAUAGCGAUACCGAUGCGAGCACGCUGAAAAAAAGUAGGUCCUACGAUAAAGUAUAUCGCACGAACGAACCAUUACCGGGCAAACCGCAAAUUGAUUUUCCAGCUAAGAAAUGGGAUCUGGACAUGCAGGACGAGGAUGUGACCUCAUCGGAAGGUGAGAAACCCAAGCAGACCGGCCGUCGCUCCCUGCGCUCCGCAUCCGGCACCGAACUGGACCAGCAGCAGGAGGGUCAGCGCGAGCCGGAGGAGGACGACGACUUCGACGAGGCCGACGUGCACACUGGUCAAAUCCAUCCGGCUGGCUAUCAUCAACCGCUCUCGCCCGAGGAGGCCGACCAGCUGCACCAGCAGCAAUACAGCCCCACGUUCAGCGGGGUCGACAGUCGCACCAGUGCAGCCAGCUCCAUCAACUAUACGCCCCAGUCGGCGGCCCAGAAUCGCUUUGGGGGCGUGCCCGUGUUGCCCAGCAACACGCAGUACUACAAUAGGCCAGCCUCGGGUGUGCCGGCGGCAACAACAACAACUGCCACGCCUCUGCGCGUAGCGCCCACAACGACACUGACGCAGGACAGCGGGUUGCCCUCGCCGCCGCCCUUCACCACAUCGCCAACACCCUCGGUGCAAAAAUCCACAGAGGUUUAGCACACGCACACCUACACACACUCACACCCACACACACACACACACACACACAAGCAUUUGCCUUCCCUGCACAGGCUAAAAAGUUCAAAUUUUGUAUAACUAAUUUCAUAUAUCGUAUAUAUAACAUGUAUAUUUUUAUCUAAACUUAAAUAAUUAUUAUACACUCUGCUAAUUGCCCCACCUGUCAUCAAAAUACCUUUAUUAGUAUUUUUUGUUGUUGGUUUGUUUUUGUUGCCAUGACCUUUAAGCAAAUACCUCCCACGCUGUGCUCAAAUAGACCAGACCGCAUCUAAUUUUCAUUUAAAUACCUCAUGAAUAAUCAGCUUAAGCGAUUACAAUAAUGUGUUUCGUCAAUUUUUAUGCAAUUUUCAUCAUUUUAUAAAUAAAAUCUUUGUUAAUAGACGUA